AUGGCGGAGAACCGGUCAGAGAAGCCCUGGGGAUCGGUUGAGACGGAGGAAUCUCAUCCAUCUACCUCGCCGGACCCCUUGCCAGUCUCGCAGAAUGACGAGGAACGUGACCCUCUGCCGACAGACUCGAUGGUGACAGUUCCGCUCUCAGAUAUACAUACGGGGUCUAGGAUAUCUGGUGAAGGGCCUGCGCUGUCGGAUGCCGCAUACUGCCCUGACAGCAUCAGUACUGUUGGUCUUGGGCUGGAAAGCCCGGGUGCACCACAGGAUGACGGGGAGGCACAUGUUGAAGAUGAUGAGCCUGCGUCAGAGCCACAGGAUGAAGCGAUCCCCCCCAGGGCUCCGCCAAUUUUAUCUUUAGGCGAAGCUCGAAGCAUCGCCGGUAGCCAGAAGUCAGAUACGGACGACAGUCGAAGUGUUGACUGGGCCGGUCUAGAGGAGACAGAAGUUAACGAGUCAAAGGCAUCGGGGGACGACGUGUCAACGACGUUGCUGUUGGCACGACUAGAGCAGGAAAACAAUGCUCUGGCAACCGACCCUAAGUCAGCAUCCGCGAAGAAGGCAUCAAUCCGCAGUUCAAGGCCUCCCUCGAUCCAGCAGCUCAAGGAUCUUGUCAAUGAUCCUCGUUCUUCACUCCGGUACUCCCAGCUGCCAGCUCCCCAAAUGACCGAACUGGAGUUCUGGGCUGCUCUAGUUGCCGAUUAUCCUCGCACCGCCCAACGGCUCCCUACUCUUACCUCGCACAAGAUUCGAGGAGGAGUGCCACCUCCGCUUAGAGGUGUCGUAUGGCCUAGCAUUGCUGGGGCUCGCGAUUCUCACCUCCACGACGAAUUCGAGAAGCUGUGCGGCGAGACAAGCCCAUACGAGGGUCUUAUUGGCAAGGAUAUCGGAAGAAGCUUCCCCAACGUAGAGAUGUUCCGAGAUCCGCUUGGGGAGGGCCAGCAGAUGCUAGGCAGAGUUCUCAAGUGCUUUAGUCUCUAUGAUAGCAAAAUUGGGUACUGUCAGGGUCUUGGUUUUGUAGUUGGCCCCUUGCUAAUGCAUAUGAAUGAAGCCGAGGCAUUUUGUGUCCUUGUCAGGCUUAUGGACCACUAUGACCUGCGAUCGUGUUUCCUGCCAACUUUAUCCGGCCUCCACCUCCGUAUUUACCAAUUUCAGGCGUUACUCUCCCAACAUGCACCAGAGCUAUAUGCUCAUCUUGAUGCGCUCAAAAUAGAACCGGUCUAUGUGUCACAAUGGUUCUUGUCCUUCUUUGCUGUCACUUGCCCCCUUCCGAUGCUUCUUCGAAUAUAUGAUGUUCUUCUACUUGAAGGAGCCUGCGAGACUUUGAUGCGUGUUGCCCUGUCCCUUAUGCAGCGCAACCAGCAUAGGAUCAUGGCGUGCACCGAAUUUGAAGAUGCCAUGCAACUAUUGUUAUCUAGAAGCUUAUGGGAUCCAUACGCAUGCAAUGCCGAUGAUCUUGUUACGGACUUUGUGUCACUCACGUCUUUGGUGACACAUGAAAGCCUUCACGCUCUGGAGGUGAAGUAUCAGGAGGCUCAAGGCACUGCACAAAGCGUGUCACUGCCUCAACUUCAAGCCAUUGCUUCACGAUUCCUAGGUAGACUUUGGGCAGGAUCUAGUUCACAUAGCUCGGUGAAAUCUGUUACCCAUAGCCCCAGCGUUUCGACUCCAGCAUCGAGUCCGUCCAUAGGCGUUACUCGAACUCCGUCGAAGCAGAGCAUGGCUUCAACUCUCAACUCCUUGGAGUCAUCAGUAUCAGAUGCUAGUACUGCACCAACCGAGGCGUCUGCCUCCUCGAGCCCGAACAUCGAUCAUGCAACGCCAAAACAAAAGCCGCAGCGCCUACAGACCAGUGACAAGGACUUACAUUCACAGAUAGAGGAUCUCCUCAUCGCCCUUACUGACAUGCAACGGGAGCAAGCGGCUCUCGCAAAGCAGCUGCAGCAAGAAAGAGAGGAGCGCGAGGAAGACCAACUAGUAGCAGCUCAAUUGCUCUCUCAUAUCAAAGAGUCACCAACAGAACGGCCGGAUGCUGAGCUUAUUCUUAAGGCGGAAGAACGGUUCUCGUCACCGGAGCCGCGACGCAUGUCUAUGUUGCAAACCAAACAACAGCUUCUUGAUGACGUUGAAAUGUGGAAGAGCAAAUAUGAACUCGAGUCUACGAGGUGUCAGGACAUGGGCCGAACCAUUGAUGAGCACGAGCAGCAGAAUUCCCAACUUAAAGAUCAGCUCAAGGAGGCUCGGAGCAGGGUGCAAGACGCUCAUAGAGAAAAGCAGCGGCUUGAACGUACAAUACAGGAACUACGGUCGAAGAAACCCCCUCUGUCGAAGCUCCAAACCGAUCGUCCCGAUUCAGCUGGAUCAGAAGACGAUAAGUCUGCCAACGGCCUCCGGGAGUUCAAGCUUGGAAAGCCCAACUCUCCCAGGUCCGCCACAUUCUCAAAACGAACGAGCAGCUUGGGAGCGCCCAAGUCCCUUGUUGGCGAUGAGGAAGGCCUGCUUCUGGAGCUUGUGAAUGCCAAGACGUCCGAGGCGGUGGCACGUCAGGAGUUAGAGGAGAUGAAGGUCAAACUGGACACUCUCAAGCGGAUGAUGAGUCGCUCUGCGACUUCAGCUUCGCCUACUAAUGCUCCAGGUGACUCCAGCCCCAGCAUCUUGGUCACUGCCUCCAAAACAGCUACAGAUGCAGCAUGCCCCCCAAAGUCACCAAACCCGUCACCCGUGGGUUUCUUUACAGGAUGGGCCAGGCGCACGGCAUCAACAACUAAUGCUGUCAUUCCCGACUCCAAGUGA